CCACCUCAGCCACACAACACAACACAACACAACACAUAAAGCGAACAAGCGGAAAAACGGAGAAGAAAACUCCAUCGCGACAUGGCGAAUAGUCUCCAAGCCCAGAUCCCCGUCAUCGACAUCAGCCAUGACAACGUCGAGGCCCCUCGCCAGCUCCUCGACGCCGCGACCAAGUUCGGCUUCAUCUACAUCGCCAACGACAAGGGCGCGAUCGACCCCGGAUUGAUCGCGGCGAUGUUCGCCCUCAGCCGGGAGUUCUUCGCGUCGCCCGUGGACGUCAAGGAGAGCGUGUCCAUCCGCUCGAACCAAGCCGGGAAGAACCACGGCUGGCUCAGCCAAGGCGUGGAGAAACUCGACCCGGCAGGACAGAAGCAACCGGACGUCAAAGAGUGAGGACUUCCUUUCUCCCCAAAUCAUCAUCAUCAUCGAAGAAGAAAAUUUCCCCAGAGCUGAUGAGAAACCCCUUCCUCGACUCCCUCCAGGGCCUUCAACAUGGCCGAACCCAUCCACCACCGCCCCCAACAGCCCCUCACCCCCCUCCUGACCGCCCGCCUGCCGCUCCUCCUGGACUUCCACGCCGCCUGCCGCGCCCUCUGCUCCGCCGUCCUGGAGCACCUGGCCACCGCGCUCGGGAUCCCGGCGGACUGGUUCGCAUCGCGGCACGACCCCGACGGGGGCCCGUCGGGCAGCGUCCUCCGCAUGCUCUACUACCCGGGCGCGAGGGGACCCCCUGCCGACGACGACGACGACGAAGCCAGAGGGGACAUCCGCGCGGGGGCCCACAGCGAUUUCGGCUCCAUCACCUGCCUCUUCCAACUGCCGGGCCAGCCGGGGCUGGAGAUCCUCACGCCCGAGGGCGAGUGGGCGGCGGUGGCGGUGGACCCGGACCCGCUCGCUCCGUCGGCGUCGUCGCCGCCAUCGGAAUCACCAUCGCCGUCGGAGCUUUCCGCCGCCGCCGCUCCUUCUCCUUCUUCUACGACGGCGACGACUGCAGCAGCGACUGCUCCGCGCGGGAGGAGGAAUCUCCCCAUCUUGGUGAACAUCGGGGACCUCCUCGAGGAAUGGACGGGCGGGCUCCUCAAGUCCACUCGACACCGGGUCGUGUUCCCAUCUCCUGCUCCUUCUCCUUCUUCUUCCCAUCCCGGCGAGGCUAGCGGCAGCAGCAGCAGCGACAGGUACAGCCUGGCGUAUUUCUGCCAUCCGCUGGACGACGCCGCGCUGGAGCCCGUGCCGAGCCGGCUCGUCCAGGAGCACAUCGCGUCGUCGUCGAGGACGGAGGCGGCGACGACAACAGCAACGACGACAACAGCGAAAAGGGCCGUCAUCACGGCCAAGGAUCACCUCGCGCGGCGGCUGGCGGAGACGUACACGAUCCCGACGGCAUCACCAUGAGGGCGGCGAAGGCGCGGGAGCAAGCGGUUCCCCAACGGGGGGG